AUGGAAGAGCAAAAUAUAGUAAACAUAAGAACUAAUAAUCGUAACAUGCUUCAAUUAAAUCGUCAAAUACACAGGGACGAAAUCAAUGAUGUUCGAAGAUCGGUUAUAAGUCGGUAUACAACCGAGGAUGUUUUAGAUAUUAUUAAAAAGCUAAAAACUAAGACAUCUAUAACAUCAAAGGAAUUAAAUCAGCUUAAAAAUGCUCUUAUGAAUGAACCACAUAAUAUUGAAUUAGUGCUUGGUCUACAUGGGGCAAUAAGAGGCAUUGUAGGAGAAUUAACAGGAACUGAUAUAAAAAAGCAAUGUGCUGCAGCGGGAUGCCUAUGUAACUUAUCAACGGGGGACAGCAAGGCUUGUUUUACCAUCUGUCGAGCUACUGGUACAUAUUUAGUAGCAGCUGUUGAUAAUAUGGCUACAGAACUAGCAGUGACUUGUGUAUGGACUUUGGGAAAUUUGGCUGCAUCAAGUAUGAAAACAUGCGACAUGUUAAUCUCACAAGGAGCUUUAUCAAAAGUAAUAGACAUUCAUCCAAAUAAUGAGUUACAAGAUGCUUGCUUGUAUGCUCUCAAACAUUUUGUUUAUCAGCUGGGAGAUAAGUUAAAGGUAAGUGAUCUGCGUUCUAUCAUUCAAGCACUGUCAAAGUUCCAGCAAAAUACAGAGUCAUGCCAAGUUUUCUUUAUACUUUCUUGUCAUGAAUAUUUCACUGAAAUGUUAACAGAAGAUAUUAUUUUAUUUCUGUUAAAGAAUUUGAUUAAAUACAUGGAGGAAUAUCUAUUAUGUGAAGAGGCACAACCAUGUUGUGAGUUAGUGUAUAUUUGCAGGACCUUAGCAAAUACAAAUGAAAAAAUAUUUGAAUACAUUUUAGACUUUGUUAUAAAAAAAAAUGCAAGUGGUUUAUGCAAAAAAGUAUUAUUUAUUGAGAAUUCAUUUGUAAAUAAUUCACUACUGUGGUUGUUUGGUAACAUUUAUAAUACCUGUAAAGAUAAUGAGUUUUUCACUUUAAUAGCUGAUUGUAAUUAA